UUAAAUACUGUUCCUUGAAUGAAUUUCAGUGAAUGAGUGUAACUUAAUGGCUUAAUGCGCCUCAAUGGAAGCAAAAUCCAUUAACAUAGAGAACGAGUGUGUAUUAUGUAAAAGAUUAUUUGAACAUAAAUUUCAGUAUUUUCUUUGCGUUCGAAUACUUCCAACUUCCUCGGAUAAAUGUCAACUGCCAUCUUCCUAUAAUUUGCGCAUCCUCUAUGGGAGGUCGCUUUGUUUGAUCUAAAAUCAAAAUCCCGAGAAACAAAAUGGUGUAUUUAUAGACGAUUGAUUAGCUAUGCAUUUUCAAACAAAAGUGCAUACAAAAGUGCUUUAUUAGCAAAAUCAUUUGCUAGCAAAAGACAAUGUAUGUGGAACGUGUACGACCGAAUAAAACGCUUAUCUUGUGAAUUUUCGAAGACUAAUCGUGGGAGGCACGAUAUUCUAAACACAUGAAAAACGCUACUUUUUGGGAGACAAGAACCAGAUAAAGCAUUAGCGAUGAAUGUUAACCUAUGGCGCUGGAAAUGCGGGGUGGGAUUGUCGAAUCGCUAAUUUAGCAAAUUGUGUUUUUGCAUUAUGAAGGUGAAGGAGAUGGUAGGAGGGUGUUGUGUAUGUUCUGAUGAAAGAGGCUGGUCUGAAAACCCACUUGUUUACUGUGAUGGACAAUCUUGCACUGUAGCUGUUCACCAAGCGUGUUAUGGUAUUGUUAGUGUUCCGGUAGGUCCAUGGUAUUGUCGUAAAUGCGAAAGUCAAGAGAGAUCCGUUAAAGUGAAAUGCGAGCUGUGCCCCAGCAGAUAUGGGGCCCUCAAACGUACCGACAAUUCAGGAUGGGCUCAUGUCGUUUGUGCGUUGUAUAUUCCAGAAGUGCGUUUUGGAAAUGUUACUACUAUGGAACCCAUUCAGCUCCAGCUGAUUCCUGCUGAGAGAUUCAAUAAGGUUUGUUAUAUUUGCGACGAGAAGAAACGACCUUCUAGUUCUACUGUCGGGGCUUGUAUGCAGUGUAAUAAGGCCGGUUGCAGGCAACAAUUUCACGUAACCUGCGCUCAAGGCGUUGGGCUCCUGUGCGAAGAAGCCGGCAACUAUUUGGAUAACGUUAAGUACUGCGGAUACUGUCAGCAUCAUUACAGUAAGCUGAAAAAAGUUGGCAACGUGAAGUGGAUCCCCCCCUACAAACCGGUAGCCAACGAGUCCUACGAGGACUCCAACUCCGACAAGGAGACGGAUAGCGCGCCCUCGAACUCCAAACGUUCUCCCCCGACUUCCGGAAAGAAGAAGACGAACGUCGCCACGAAGCAGGCCCCUUCGAAGACUUCCUCCAAGUCCGGUUCGACGUCCCACCAGAAAUCCGUCCACAACAAUAAUAAGAACACUGACAAAAGUAAGUCGUCAACAGUGAAAAGUGCCAAAAGUGAAGAGAGCGCGAGUUCCGACGCGAAAAAAGAAUCGGACCCGCCCGAACAGAGGGAGAAAGAGGCGAAAGACUCGGGUAGUAGUAGUAGUAGUAGUAAAGGUGCCAAAAAGCGUAAGGCUAAUUCUAGGACGCCCACGCCCGUCCGUGUAGUGGUUACUGAGGUUAGUGUCGUGACGGCCGCGACGAGUGCGAGUUCUACGACUACGUCUAGCGAGGCCGACGUGAGUGUCACUGCGAAUAGUACCGGUAAGAACUCUGCCGUUAGCGACAGUUCCGUCGAUAAACCCAAGAAGCCUAAAGUCGAGAACACCCAGUCGAUGAUUACGAAUCAGCCCGUCGUUGCCUUAACCUCCAUAUCAACCGUGAAAUCAGUUUCGCCGACCAGUACAACCACAGCCGAUAUCGUAGCGCCCACUGUAUCGAACGAAACGGCGUUGCCCACCUCUUCGAUUAUUCAGACUGUUCAGUCCCAGUCGCUGGUUGUCUCGGUACCUCUGGUGAACACUUCGCUGAGUCCCCACAGAUCCAUAAUAAACAAUCAAACUAGCGUUUUGACCGCCACUCCUCUGAUUCAGGAGACCAGCAACGUUAGCGUUGCGAGUGCAGAGAGAAGAACGCCUGUUAUAAGUAGUGAUAUUAUGACUGGUGGAAACAGCAAUCAAGAGCUUCCAACACCGGACAUGAGUUCGGGAGGUUUGAAGAUAACCUUUGAGAAACAAAUGGAUUCCAUCAAUACUGAAGAAGAUAUGGAGUUGGAGUUGGAGCCCACGCCCUCUAGAUCCGUCGAAGUACCUGCAAAACGUGGAAGAUCUCAAUCGCAAUCGAAUGAAAAGACUGACCGCUCAAGCCGCAGCAGGAAACGCAACAGCAAUCUCGCCGUUGCUACAAGUGCAUCCGGCUCCUCUUCCCUACCGGCCCCUUCGGUCUCGACUUCCCUCACGAAGCGAUCGAGCCGUUCUCAGCAGCACCACCACGUUACCCCCUCGCCUCCCGAACCCCCCGGUGCCUUCGCCGCCAUUUCUCAGUCGCAACUCAAGGAGUCGCCGCCGAGCAGCCCGAGUUCGGAGAGCCAGAGCAACCCUCCCCCUAGCACGAGCCGGGGCAGGGCGAAGAACAGGAGGAGCGCGCCGGCCAGCGUCAAUUUGGCCAGCGGGUCGUCCAAGGAUGGCAAAGAUGUCAAGCUAUUUCAGAACGGCAUUUCAGCCCCCCACAUGUUGGGUAACCAACUGAAUCCUACUUCUACCAUGCACUCGAAGAUGAGUGACCAUCUGAACGCUGAAAUAGAGGCGCACAGCAUAUUCAAUCCCAGUGAGAACAAUUCAGGACUGACAGGGCCUCAGUUGCAUCAUCGGGUAGUGCAGUCGGCAAGGGCCAGCAGUACCGGUUCGAGUACCGCUUCUGGAGGCAGCGGGCUGUCUUCGAUGCUCGGGGGCGGGGGAGGGAACAUUCCCCAAACCUUGGACCAGCUCCUGGAGAGACAGUGGGAGCAGGGCUCCCAGUUUCUGAUGGAGCAGGCGCAACAUUUCGAUAUCGCUUCUCUUCUCUCUUGCCUUCACCAACUCCGGGCGGAAAAUUUGAGGUUAGAAGAGCAUGUGAGUUCGUUGUUGCAGAGGAGGGACCAUUUACUGGCUGUCAAUGCCAGGUUGGCGAUACCAUUGACGGGUCAACCGGCUGCAGCUCCUUUGUCGACACAUCCUCAUCCAGUGAACAAUAUUCACCCGACUGUUGCGGCUAGUCAUGGGGAUGUCCCGAGGCCUUCCAGACACAACGGAGGUAGCGCGGGUUAUCCUAAUCAUCCCCAAGGCUCGGCCCAGCAUCCUCCCGUAGAGAACGGUUUGCCUCCUGAAGCCUACCCACAAAACGCUCACAGGCGGAGCCCUUCCGGAGGUCAGCCGAGUCCGACGGUAAGACACUCGCCGGCCGGAGCGUACCCUAAUGCUAGCGGUCUGCAACGGCAAACCGCCGACACUAGCGGACGUUCUGCACCCCGACCCCAGCCUUAUCUCUUGUUCGAUAAUAGGCCGGGGCCGUCCUCUUCUCAACAGAUGGUAGUAAGACGUGAGAGAGGGGAAAGAAGCGAUAGGGACUCUGAAUCGCAUCAUCAUUCCUCCUCGAAAUCUAGCUGAAACACAGUUGUGGACCCUUCGUUUAGUAUUACAAAACUUUUGAACUUGCAUUGACAAAUCACAGAGUUGUAACAGGGAAGAUUCUACCAAAUUUUUGUGGGCUUUGAGCAAAAUUUGGGUGUCGGAGUCUACUUGUAUGAAUAUUUACCUUGGUUUCCGUCUUGAUCCUGAAGUACGUCUGCUGCGUUUCUUCUUCUUUUUUAUAUUUCUUGGCCUCAGCUACCAAGGCUAACUUCCUUGUUUUCUUUAUUCAGCUUCUCUACCCUAAAAAGUUGACAGUACAGAUAUUGUUGAUAAUAAUAUAAUGAUAUUCGUUUUUGAAGAGUU